AUGCCUCGAACAGAAGGUAGUUGGUUUGGCUGGGGCAAGUCUUCCUUAAUGAGACUCGCUGAAGCUGAAGCACGCCUUUUCGCGACGUUUGGGGCUCAAAUCCUGUCACGAUUUGUACCCAUUCGUUUCAAAGGCGGCGAGAUAUAUACUGUCACAGUGGAACCAACGCAAGAAAAAAAAUCCGACGAGCCAGUUGUUCUGGUGCAUGGAUUUGGAGCUGGUGUGGCUGUAUGGAGCGCAAAUAUAACUUCAUUGGCUAAGCAUAAUGUAGUACAUGCAUUUGACCUUCUAGGCUUUGGCCGUUCUUCGCGCCCGUGGUUCAGUAACGAUCCGACGUUAGCUGAGCUAGAAAUGGUGGAGUCUAUUGAAGAUUGGCGAAAGUCAAUGGGCAUAGAGAAGAUGUAUCCUUGCGCUUACCUAGCUUCGUCCUAUGCACUUGAACAUCCUCAUCGUGUCAAGCAUUUGGUACUCGUGGAUCCAUGGGGUUUUCCAGAAAAGGUUGCACCUACAGAGAAACAGAUUACUCCAUAUCCAUGGAUGAUGUUCAUAGGAGGAGUUCUGUCAUAUUUCAAUCCGCUGGCAACUCUUCGUGCAGCCGGACCAUAUGGUCCUACAAUAGUGAAGAAGCUGCGUCCCGAUCUUCGACAUCGAUAUAGAAGCGAGAAUCCAGACGACAUCUACGAAUAUUUGUACCAUUGUAAUGCUCAGAAACCCACCGGAGAGACAGCAUUCAAAGGCAUGACUUUGCCGUUUGGAUGGGCGAAACGUCCUAUGAUGAGAAGAUUCAAUGGCAUCGACGAUAGUGUGCCGGUGACGUUUAUCUAUGGCAGUAAAAGUUGGAUAGACCCUGGACCAGCAUUCGAUAUUCAAGCGCAGAGGAAUGGAUACGUUGAUGUGCAGAUUAUUCGAGGUGCUGGGCACCAUGUCUACGCUGACGCACCAGAUGCUUUUAACGAAGUAGUUCAGUCGAUAGUAACAGGCGAGAAAAAAUCGAGUGCAGUUCAAUCGGAGAUCACUUCUGAAAGGCAAAGCGAUGAGGAAGAGGAAGUGCCAAAACCUCUAGGAGCCUUAAUAAUUUUAAUCUCAAAUGUAGAACAUUGUACCUCAUAUUUACGCGUCACUGUGGCCAGUUCGUUCUCACACAAUCGUUUCCUACCUAUAACACAUUUGUACAUACGACCAGUAGUUUGCUAUGCUUACUGGUUAUCUUCUCUAGUCUAUUGUUCGAUUCGUUGUAUAGACUUUCUCGUAGCGAUAGUUUACUGCUGUCAUCAGGUGAUGCCGGAGAAGAAGGUGCUCACGGCUGACAAGGAGCUGUUUCUUCGGCAUGCGACUGUUCUUUAUGAAACUUGGAAUAAAGGUGAAGACGGACUUGGUGAGGUAGAUGCUUUAGUAGUUCUAGUUGGUCAAGAUGAAGGCGCGGUACAGUACUCGAAAUCGAAGGCGUUCCAAAUAUGGAUGCUUAAUACGGAAUUGUUGGAUACGUUGAUGCUGUUCACGAAGAAAGGCAUUUACGUAUUGGCAAGCAAUCGAAAGGCAGACUACUUCAACAGUGUCAAGUCGGACGAGUUUGUCGGAGUAGUGCCACCGGUUACACCCAUUCACAGAGACAAGUCUGACAAAGAUGCGGCUAAUUUCGCGAAACUCUUGGGCUAUAUAAAAAAUGAUGCCGGAAAUAAAGUUGGCCACUUUGCUAAAGAUACGUUUGACUCGGAUUUCAGCAACGAUUGGCAGAAGGCAUUUGCUGAUGUUGAGAAGGUGGAUGUUUCUGGAGCUUUUGUUCAAAUUUUCGCCGUGAAAGAUGACGCCGAGCUCGAAACCUGUCGUAGCUCAGCUGCAGCUACUGUGAACGCGUGGAGCUAUGCUCGUAAAAAGUUCAUUGAAGCCAUUGAUCAAGAAAAGAAAGUGAAGCAUUCGCGUCUUGCCAACGAAAUUGAUGCGGAAAUUGGCUCAUUGAAAGUGCAGGGGCAGUUAGCGAAGAACAAGACCAUAGAGACUUGCUAUAAUCCUAUCAUUAUGAGUGGUGGCAAUUAUUCACUGAAAUGGAGCACAGAGAGGUUAGAUUUUGAUCAUGAGCACAACUUUCUCCAAAUUUCACCCACUGCAUCAAUGCACCGUUCUAGCUCUGACAAACUUCUUCACUAUGGUGUUAUUGUUACGUCGCUUGGAGCUCGUCUCGAGAAUUAUUGUACCAAUCUAACUCGUACAUUGAUGGUGGAACCGUCUAAGAAUCUAGAAGACGCUUAUGAGGGCCUUCUUGCCACGCAGAUGGCUGUGAUAGAAGCGUUGAAGCCUGGCGCAAAAUUGUCUGAUGUUCACGCCUUGGGUGUAAAAACGUUCCGGGAGAAAUGUCCUAGUCUGGCGGAUAAUCUUUACAAAAAGGAUUUUGGAUUUGUUACCGGUAUUGAGUUUCGUGAGGGUGGUUUAACAAUUAGUCCCAAAUGUGAGGAGAAGGUCCGCGCUGGCAUGGUUUUCAUAGUAUCAGCUGGAGUUGAAAACCUUACCAACACUAAAGCAAAAGACGAUGCAGGAAGGAACGUUACAAUCGCACUUUCUGACACGAACGAAGUCCUGACCGAGAGAGCCAAAAGUCGUCUGAAGAACAGUGUCAUCAGAUUCAAGGAGGAGGAAGAAGAUGCGAAAGAUUCGAACAAAGAAAACACGGAAGUGCUCGGACGUGGGAAGCGCAGUGUAGUGCUAUCGGAUCAGACGAGAAACAAGGCCACAAAUGAGGAUAAGAGAAAAGAGCAUCAAAAGAUGCUGGCACAACAGCUGAAUGACGCAGCUCGUCAACGUCUUGCUCAAGCUAGUGGAUCUAGUGAAGCUAAGAAAGUCAAGAAAUCAAAUGUAUCAUACAAGUCAUAUGAUAAGUUCCCGGUGGACACAGAAAUCAACAAACUCAACAUUUAUGUUGAUAAGCGCCACGAUACCAUCAUUCUACCUAUCUUUGGUAUCCCGGUUCCUUUCCAUAUUUCCAUGAUAAAGAAUUGCUCUCAAUCUGUAGAAGGUGAUUUCACAUACCUGCGUAUUAAUUUUGCUCAUCCUGGGUCCCAAAUUGGCAAAGAAUUGGCACAAUUCCCAAAUCCACUUGCUACGUAUCUCAAGGAGCUCACAUACAGGGCUAGUAAUGUGAAAGAACACGGAGAAAUUGCUGCGCCAAGUAACAACUUGACUACGGCGUUCCGACUUAUCAAGGAAAUUCAGAAGCGAUUUAGAACUGAAGAGGCAGAAGAGCGCGAAAAAGAAGGCGCUGUAAAGCAGGAUAAACUGAUUCUCAGCACCGCAAAGGCCAAUCCGAAACUGAAGGAUCUAUUUGUGCGACCAAAUAUUAUCGCGAAACGUAUCUCAGGUUCACUGGAAGCGCACAUCAAUGGUUUCCGAUACACAUCUCUCCGUGGAGACCGAAUUGAUGUGUUGUACAAUAACAUCAAGCACGCGUUCUUCCAACCAUGUGACAAUGAAAUGAUCAUUCUGUUGCACUUCCAUCUGAAGCAUCCGGUACUUUGGGGGAAGAAAAAAUACAAAGAUAUUCAAUUCUAUACCGAAGUUGGAGAAAUCACUACGGAUCUUGGGAAAUACCAUCAUAUGCAGGAUCGCGAUGACGUACAAAGUGAACAGAUGGAACGCGAAAUGCGGCGAAAAUUGAACCAGACCUUCCAAAACUUCUGCGAUAAGGUUGUAAAACAGACCAAUGAUCAGUUCGACUUUGAUGCACCGUUCAGUGAACUCGGUUUCCUCGGUGUUCCACAUCGCUCCAGCUGCACACUGAAACCUACCUCGUCGUGCUUGGUGAACCUUACGGAAUGGCUGAAGAAUUUCGAUAUGGUUUUCAUAUUCAAAGAUUACAGCCGUAAAACUCAGAUGGUACAGCAGAUUCCAAUGAGCAGUCUAGAUAGUGUAAAGGAAUGGUUGAAUACAAGUGAUCUGCGAUACACAGAAGGAAUACAGUCCUUGAAUUGGCCAAAAAUUAUGAAGACUAUUACGGAUGAUCCGGAGGAAUUCUUUGAAACUGGAGGAUGGAAUUUCCUUGCUAAUGAUUCCGAUCAGGAUGCUGAGCCAGAGGAGGAAAGCGAAUCAGAAGAUGCGUAUACGCCUAGUGAGUCGGAGUCAGGUGAAGACGAAAGUGAUGAGGAUGAGAGUGAAGGAAAGGACUGGUCAGAUCUUGAAGAGGAAGCAGCUCGUGCAGACAAGCGACGAGACAUUGAAGAUGAAAGAGGUGGUGGCGAUCCGACGACACAACGACAGAGACAGAGAUCGUAA